GAGGACCUUCGUGUGGAUGGUCGUGGCUGUGAAGACUACAGAUGUGUAGAAGUAGAAACAGAUGUUGUAUCAAACACAAGUGGAUCUGCAAGAGUAAAGCUGGGACACACUGAUAUCUUGGUAGGGGUAAAAGCUGAAAUGGGGACACCGAAGUUAGAGAAACCGGACGAAGGUUACCUGGAAUUCUUCGUUGACUGUUCUGCAAAUGCUACUCCUGAAUUUGAAGGCCGGGGAGGCGAAGAACUUGGCACAGAGAUAGCAAGUACACUCUACAGUGUAUUUAGCGGCGAGAGCAGCGUAGACUUGAAAUCACUUUGUAUUAAUCCCAGAGACCACUGCUGGGUUCUCUAUGUUGAUGUAUUGUUAUUGGAAUGUGGUGGGAACCUCUUUGAUGCAAUCUCCAUCGCAGUGAAGGCAGCUCUCUUUAAUACAAGAGUACCCAAAGUGCAUGUUUUGGAGGAUGAAGAAGGCUCUAAAGAGAUUGAGCUGUCUGAUGACCCUUAUGAUUGUAUUCAACUUAACGUGGAUGACGUACCCUGCAUCGUCACACUAAGCAAAAUUGGAUAUAGGCAUGUCGUGGACGCUACCAUUCAGGAAGAAGCCUGUUCUUUGGCCAGCCUGCUUAUUUCUGUGACCAGUAAAGGCACCAUCACUGCUAUGAAGAAAGUGGGGAAGGGUAGCCUGGAUCCCGAGAGUAUUUCUGAAAUGAUGGAGACGGGAAAAAGAGUAGGCAAGUCAUUGCACGUAGCCCUUCAGAAGACUUUGGAUGAAGAAGAGAGUUUGGGGACCUCGCGGCAGAAAGUUGGAUUUCUAGGAUGAGUUUUUAUUAAUUGUUCAAAACUGGUUUUA